AUGGGCGAAGCGGCGACCAUCCUCGGCCGCAGGAGGGCAAUGAGCGGGGCAGUAGACGUGGGCGAGGUGAGCGAGAUGGGUGACGUACAACACGAGAGCGAGGCAGAUGAAGUGGGCGACGUGGCGGGGUGGAUAACACGGGUGCAGACGGGCGAGAGCAAGACGGGCGAGGGCGGGAUGGGUGAGAGAGGUGGCGGGGAGGGAGAGAGCAGAACGGGCGAGGGCGAGACGGGCGAUGACGAGACAGGCAAGGGGAGGCCAGAGGACGACGAGGACGAUGAGGACAACGACGAGGAGAGUGCUGGCAGUGCCAAGCGCUGGAGUCCACGCGACCACCCUGUCCUCCUCGUCCUUCCCGUCUUUUCCUCCUGGCGCAACAUCCUCGAUGAACAAGCCAACGCUCUCCUCACCUGCCGCUUCCUCGAUGAGCUGUUGCGGGCCCCUAUGUUUUGUACCAGCUUGUCGUCCCCAUUGUCCUCAUCGUCUUCCCGUUUUCCAAUUGCUCCUCUUCUAUGCCGACCACGCCAGCCUCCCGCGCUCCAUGCGUACAAGACCCACUGGCUCCCCACCCCCCUCCUCUCCCUCAAGGACGUCUUCGAGGGCGCUGGCCAUGAAGUCGUUGUUCAUUAUGCCUCCCGCUCCCCGCUCGCGCCUCCAGCUGAGCCGUCCCCCAGUUCGGUGGCGCGCUCUGCCUCCUCGUCACCCUCCCGGUGCUCAGCGACCUCCGCGCCCUCCUCCGGUGGAUCUGUGUUGCCCGCCGCCAUGCUCGCGCUCCGCGACAAGGCCGUACGCUGCCGCCUCGAGCGCUACUACCGUGCGGCCUACUAUGACCGCGAGCACCCCCGCGCGCUCCAAGGGCUGCGCGCGCACCGUCGCGAGCACCGUGAUCACGACAGCCCCCGUCUCUGCGAACCCGAGCGCGAGCGCGAGCACGAGCACGCCGCACAGCGGGACCGUGCGGACGCCCCGCGAAACCCCAGCAUGCGAUCGCACUCGACGGCGCGGGCGACGGCGUCGAGCGCAUCUACAUGCCCGGCACACUCUGCACGCUUGCUGCGGGACUCGCCGCGAGAUCCACUAGCUGUGGCAACAGAACGACUAGCUACAUAG